GAAGCCUUUCUGAUUCGGGCCUACAGUGAGGUAGUAGUAGCACCCACCUUUGCCUUACAGUUUCAUCUGAUGCACGGCCUCAUAGUGCUGAUCCUGGUCGAGUCCCAGACUGCAGCGCGGUUCCCCAUCAGGCCCGGCCGGCUCACCUGGCUGCUCCUGACCCUCACCUUCACCUGUACCGCCAUGGGCUGCAUCCAGAGCAUCGCCUGUAACAAGUCUCGCAUCAAACGGGAGAACAUCGUGGUGUACGACCUGUCCGCCACCAUAGACCACUGCCCGACUGUCAUCGAGGAGAACUCACCCAUAGUGCUCCGGUACAAGACGCCCUAUUUCAAAGCCUCCGCGAGGAUUGUGAUGCCCCCCAUUCCGCGCAAUGAGACAUGGGUGGUGGGCUGGAUCCAGGCGUGCACACAGAUGGAGUUUUACAACACCUAUGGAGACGUUGGCAUGUCGAGCUGGGAGCUUCCUCAGCUGCGAGAGGGUCUGGUGAGGGCCAUCAGCGACUCUGACGGCGUGAGCUACCCCUGGUACGGAAACACAACGGAGACGGUCACCAUUGUGGGCCCCACCUCCAAGCCAUCCCGCUUCAUCGUUAGCAUGAAUGACAAUUUUUACCCCAGCGUCACCUGGGCUGUGCCGGUCAGUGAAUCCAACACGCCCUUACUGACUAACAUCAAAAGAGACCAGAGCUUCACCACAUGGCUGGUGGCGCUCAACACCACGUCCAGAGAGAAGAUCCUGCUCCACAGCAUCAAGUGGAGGAUGAGGGUGGACAUCGCGGUGGACCCCUGCCUGCCUCUGGGCUGCAGGGCCAGGCUGGUGGGCCGCGUGCACCAAGACCAGCCGAGGGUGCUGAACCGCAUGGAGCCCAUCCCACCGAACGCCAUGGGGAGGCCCAACGCCAACGACGCCCAGGUUCUGAUGUGGAGGCCGAGGAGAGGGCCUCCGCUGGUUGUUAUACCAUCCAAGUAG